CUAAUAGCAUAAUAAUAUGAAAUUCCAGUGCGCAUGUACAAAAAAAUAGACCAACAAUAUGGCGGCGUUGUUUGGCUGAUCACAUCACGGCGAUCACGCUGUUUAUGUGUUCACAAUUUAUUCCUGUCCGAGAAAGUCGUAAUCAAUCGUCAACGUAAUCGAUAAUGACUACCGAGGACUCUAAGAUGACACGUGGCCGUGGCAACGCGACGAACAAGUCGACGACAAAACGGUGAACGUGCGAUAAAGUAUACGAGAUUGAUGUCGAUCGACGCUGCCGUCGUGAACUUCAUUCCGGCCAAUCCUUCCCGUUCGACCGAAUGCCAAACGUUAGCGACUCCAUAUACAAAUACGUUUAGUCUCGUGAAUAAAUUAUGAGCGUGGACAGCGAGAACAAGUCGAGCGAGUCGCGAACUAUCGCGCCGUACAACGCAGAAAACGGCACUGACGGUGGUACCGAGGGUGGACCGGUGACUCCGGAAAUGGUGCUCCGAUUGCCCACUAUCACGGACAAAUAUCUCUGCUCUCCCGAGGCCAAUAUCUACGACAUAGACUUCACGAGAUUCCAAAUUAGGGAUCUAGAAACUGGAGCUGUACUGUUUGAAAUAACAAAGCCCCCCGCUAGUGCAGAAUGCGAUGUUCAUCAAGAACCGGAACCAGAUUGCGAAGAACUCGGAUCUGAAGAUGCAAACACGGGACGCUUUGUGCGAUAUCAAUUUACGCCACAAUUUCUGAAGUUAAAGACGGUCGGAGCGACAAUUGAAUUUCUAGUAGGGCCUAAGCCGAUCAAUAACUUUCGGAUGAUAGAACGGCACUUUUUCCGAGACAGAUUGCUGAAAACCUUCGAUUUUCAGUUCGGAUUCUGCAUACCAAACAGCAAAAACACAUGCGAACACAUCUAUGAGUUUCCAACGUUGCCUGCGGAUCUAGUUUCCGAAAUGAUCGCGAAUCCAUUCGAGACGCGAUCCGAUUCUUUUUAUUUCGUCGACAAUCAGCUUGUGAUGCACAAUAAGGCCGACUACGCUUACAACGGUGGGCAUACAACGCACGAUGUAUUGUAAUGUGCAGUUU